ACCAGUCAGACAGAUCAGCUGUUGGGUUUUCUCCCAUGUUGCAAUAAUUUUUAACGUUUACACACGUAAUCGGAGAAAUUUCAUGUAUUUGAAAAAUACAGACUAUAAAAUCAAUUGAGAACGAAUCGGUGGAAGAGAAAUAUUUAACAACAGUUUUCCAAAAUGCAAGAUCCAAAUGAAGAUACCGAGUGGAAUGACAUUCUCAGAAAGAGGGGUAUUAUACCCGAAAAGCAGAAGGAACAGGAAGUUACCGAAGAUCAGAUAGUGAAUCUCUUGGAGAACACUAUAGAUGAGAAAACAGGACGUGUUGCCAACAAUUUAGAAGAGAAGACCUUGGACGAGCUAGAUGAACUGGAGGACGAAGAGGACGAACGAGUUCUCGAGGAGUACAGACGGAAAAGGAUAGCAGAAAUGAAGGAGUUAGCAAGCAAGUCCAAGUAUGGAGAAGUGCGUGAGAUAACGGCGGAGGAUUACAUUCAAGAAGUAAAUAACGCCGGGGAAGACGUCUGGGUUAUCUUGCAUCUGUAUAAAUCUGGAAUUCCACUGUGUACUUUAGUUAAUCAGCAUCUUGCCAGUUUGGCAAGAAAAUUUCCCACAACAAAGUUCUUGAAGAGCAUCUCUACCACUUGUAUAGCCAACUGGCCAGACAGCAAACUCCCCACGAUAUUAAUUUAUCACAAUGGAAAUAUGGAGAAACAAUUUGUCGGGCCGCUUGAACUCCGUGGAAUGAAAUUGACCGAAGCAGAACUGGAAUGGAUGCUGGGACAAGUGGAGGCAAUACCAACAAAAAUCAAGGAGGACCCACGACCGAAGGUCAGGGAUGUCUUGUUCUCCAGUUUGAAGAAUGGAAACGACGAUGUUAGCGACAGUAAUGAUUGGUGAUUGUUUACCUGUAUCGAAUAAUUGCAAGAUUAAUACAAGUGAACAUGUGUAAAGUUCAUCAUCAUGUUAACAAGUAAAUACAUUUUUAUUUAUUUCACAUGUUUAUUGUGACACAUAACAAGUUACAUUUACAAUUUGUAAAACAGUAUUGUUUUUGGAAUUGCUAUAUAUACCGAAUACUCUAUUCAUUUUAAUAAAAAUAUUUUAUUACCA